AUGGCGUCGUGGCGCAAAAAUCUACCCGUUUUGCCCGAAAGCUUGAGAGAAGAGGAAUCCGACCGUGACAAUAGCUCCGCCAACGUUUCCCAAACUUUUUUAAAAAGAUAUUCACCUGCAUCAUUCGACAGCUAUUCUCCAGAUAACGACAAAGAGACUGAUUCAAACGAAUCCGACACAGGAGUCAGUGAUCAGAGUGAGGUGUGUAGCUCGAGGAAAAAGAAGCGAAAGGGACGGAGAAGCGUAUGGGAAGAGCGACAUAUCAAUGAUUUAGUAGAUGUGAUAUGUAGUAGCGAGUACUAUAAGAAGAAGUUGAUUUUCACGAACACGAAAAAUUCGAAGAACGCAGAAAUAUAUGCGAAUGUGCUCAAAGAUUUGGGCCAGAGAUAUGAAGAUGGUAGCUUCCCGUUUAGCGUAGAUCAGCUCAGGAACAAGUUUAAGAAAUGCAUAUCUGAGUGCAAAAAAAUUGCAUUGACUGUCAAGACCUCGAUGGGCGUAAAAAGGGUUCAAGAUGAAAAGCAGCUGGGAGCCUGGUUUAAUCAACUAUUUCCACUGGUCCAAACAAGGGAUUCAUGUAACCCUGACAUGGCAGUAGAGUCUUCUUCAUCACUGCAGUUGUCGGACGGGGAGCCAGUGAAAAGAGCAUCAGAUAACAGAACCCCCACUGAUGAGCAAUCAAGUGACGGUCUUGACCAAGGUGACGACUCUGACAAGAAACAAUUUGUGCCUUUAAGGAAGGGUAGAAGAAAGAAAGUCAAAUCUCAGAACUCUUCUAGCGCUUUGUCCACUGCUGUGGAGCUUUUUGAAAAAGUGGUUAGUAAUGACCCAACAACACAGCUGAUGCAUUUUUUCAAAGAGGAAAAUCAGCGAGCUCGUGAGCAUGAAUUAAAGUUAAUGGAACUCUUCAUGUCACAAAGACAGCCCGCAGUUAGUUAUUCUGCAGGUUCAUCCUCUAUCAUUUUCCCAGGAAGAAGCCCCAGCCCAUUUGCAGGAUCUAGUCAUUGUGCAGGUUCAUCCUCUAUGAUUUCCCCAGAAAGAAGCCCCAGUUCAUUUGCAUACACAGCUCAAGAUUUACUCUACAAGGAACCUCGACAGUGCCAGUUCUCAGAGAGUGAAGGGACAACGUAUCACCAGUUUUAGAUUAACGUGGAACAGAGUGGACAUUAAUGUUGAUAUUUCUUGUAUAUUUCCUGACUUUAUCCAUGAUCCGAUCAAUGUGAGGGAUGAUUAAUGUUUGUACUCCAUUUAACUAGUACCACGGUUCAAGUUUAUAACUUUUUGAAUUUUUAAAACUUGCUGCUUCUCUUGGUUAGAACUUUCACACUUUAAAUUUUAAAGUACAGUCAAUCUCAUGAUUGAACCGUUGCGUUUCUUUGUGACAAAAUGGUGCAUUAUGAAGGAAUAAACAGACAAUUUACAUCCAGUUCAUUUCAAAGGGAAAAUGGUUUUUAUUUUUUUAUCAACAACAUAACAAACAUCAAAUACAUUCAGUAGUAAAGAAAACAAAACAUUAUCUUUUUUAACAAGCAACUCAGCCAUUGUUAUAGCCAAUUGAAAAUUUCAUGAGGUAUGUGGCAAUAGACUCUGUAGCAAAAGGAAACAUUAUUAUAACAUAGCGCGCGUGCUUGCCCUGUAUAAGUCCUAUUGAGCCGCUAUACGCACGCCGGUGCGUAAAUAAGAUGACGUGAACAUUUUUUUGACCUGGAUUCAGAGUUUCCGUCCUGUUAAGCUGCAGUGCAGUUUUCCUUCUCUUAGAAAUAUGGAAGAAACCAGCGAAGAACUACCAAAUUUUUCUAUCGGCAUUCACCUUUUAGGUCCUGAUCCAACAAGCAACAGAAAUAAAGCCGAAAAAAACUCGCAAGUUGCACGUUUCGCAAAUUUGUCGGAAGACCAGCUGUAGCAAAUUUUGGCCGAAAGACAUUCAAUGGGAACAAAAAAAAAGUCACCAAUUGGUCAUUAACAACAUAUAAAGGUAAAAUUUCCCUUUUUAUUGUUGUUUUUAAGUUUGUUCAAUCUGGGGAAUUUCGCACUAUAUCACAGUAAAAGGCUUCUCGCAGAUCCUUGUUCGCGCUCUGUUAUAAAAGAAUUUGCUCAUGCACUUAGCUGUGCGUAUAUCAAGUUAUGGAUGCACUUAAGAAGUUUGGAGUGCACUCAAAAAAGCUAGAGUUGCUCUCGGCUGCGCCUCGAGCUACUCUUAUGCAUUUUCCGUACUCUCCAAACUUCCCGCGUGCAUCCAUAACCCGAUAUACGCACGCUAAGCAUGAACAAAUUCUUAAAGAAUUUUGACUUGAGCCAACACCAUAACAUGAAAAAAAAUUAAACCAGCUAGCAUGAAUAAUUAUGAACUGGUAUCAUAACAAGUGAAAAUAUCAAGACAAAUCAUGUUUUCUUGUUGAUUAUGCACCAGUUCACCUCCAAUUCCUAAACUAUUAUGA